CUCUUUGGGGGCGCUGUGGAGUUCGGCGGCCCGCUCCGCUUUUGCGCUUUCUCUGCAGGACGCUCUCCAGCGGGCCCCCGGGGACCGCGGGGUUGACAGCGGUCACGGCCCCCCCCCGCAGAGCGUCCUGCCUGGCUAGGUUGUCCAGGCGCCGCGAAAUCGGCGGAUCUGGCGCCGGGGGCGGCGUGUUGAGGCUGGCACGCAGGCCGAGGGGGCGACCCAGAGAUAUUUUAAAAAACCAAGAUUACCUGAAUUAACACUCAGAGGACCUGAGAAAUAAAAUGACACUCAUCCACAGACCAGCUCUCGUUCAAGGCAGGGGUGGCUGGAGGAACAGAUUCUGGACCUGGGCUCUUACGUCUACAGAACAGUGAGACCUGCCCCUCCGGCUCCCUCUCCUCCUUGUCUGAGUGGAGUGGCCCGCACUGACCAGGAGUGAACUCCCUGUUGGCCCAGCAUGAACUGGAAGGUUCUUGAACACGUGCCCCUGCUGCUGUAUAUCUUGGCAGCGAAAACAUUAAUUCUCUGCCUGGCAUUUGCCGGAGCCAAAGUAUACCAAAGGAAAAAAUUGGAAGCAAAACAGCAAAAACUGGAAGCUGAAAAGAAGAAGCAGUCAGAGAAGAAGGAUAACUAAAGGGAAAUCAAAGAUUUUGUAAUUUAAAUGUCAGCUUGAGUGGACUCCGGCUGAGAAGGAAGAUUUAAUUAUUGAAUGGUAUGUCAGAAGAAAUCUCCCAGCCUAUAGUCUAACUUAAAAUGAUGUGAAUUUUUAUGUGCUUUUAAAAGAACCAGUAUUUUGUUUACUAAAAUAAAAUACCUUUGUAAAAA